AUGCCUUCUUCAAAUUUAUUGUCGUUUCUCAGACCUCUGUACGAUAUAGCUGUCUGGCAGUUCAUUUUAAUGUUGGGGUUCAAGGUCGACAGACGGAGAACUGCAAGGUUAAAAUUCACCUGGAAAAUGCACCAAGUUGUUGCAAAUUUCAUGUGCAAGCUGUUGGAGGCGAGACCCUUCGACCAUUUGAAAGCAAGAAUGGAAGAAGCAGAAGUUAAGACGGCAACAGAGGGAUGGAAACCAGGGGAUAGACCGACAAAGAGAAUGAUCGAGUGGUGCCAAGAUCAAUGGCGGAGAAAAGAUCCAGCAUACCCUCAAGAAAACUGCGCCUUCUCUGUCAACGAACCUUGCACAAUGCCCUUGUUUAACGACAUGCCAGUGUGUUUCAAUUGUGGCGUUCCUUGCCCGGAGUGCCGUACGGAACUUGGAGAAGACAUUCCACAAGAAUUGUCCACUGCCCAUGCCCUUCUGCACUUCGGGGCAAUACGUGAAGAAUCGAGCGAGGAGGAUGCAUCGUCUGAACCGAGGGAAGUGACAUCACGAAUGACCUUGAGAUCUUCUCGCAAAGAAUAA